AUGAAGCGCAAACUGGAUGCCAACGAUGUUCCUUCUCCCGGGCCUACGGGCACAGAGGAGCAGCAACUUGAUUUCGAAGCCCUUGGGUUGGACCCGCGACUGCGUCAGGCCCUGAUCAAAGAAAAGUUCUCCACGCCUACUCUCGUGCAGGCAAAGGCCAUUCCGCUGGCCCUCGAAGGAAAAGAUAUUCUGGCUCGUGCAAAGACUGGCUCCGGCAAAACUGCUGCCUAUGUUCUUCCUGUCCUCCAGGCUAUUCUCCAACAAAAAUCUAAUGACCCCACAUUGAAAGCAACCACUGCUCUUAUUCUCGUUCCCACCCGUGAGCUUGCUGAACAAGUCCAAAAAGUUGUCACCUCCUUCACCACUUUCUGCGGAAAGGAUGUCCGAUCUAUCAACUUGACCCAGAAAGUCUCCGACGCUGUGCAGCGGACUAUGCUUGCCGAUUUCCCUGAUCUGGUUAUCUCCACACCAACCCGAGUUCUUACCAAUGUCAAUAACUCCGCUCUGUCGCUUGAGAAACUCACGCACUUAGUGAUCGAUGAAGCCGAUUUGGUUCUGUCUUACGGAUACGACGAUGAUAUCAAUGCUCUUUCCAAGGCUAUCCCCCGUGGAGUACAGACUUUCCUCAUGAGUGCUACCCUCACUUCCGAGGUGGAUGCUUUGAAGAGUCUGUUCUGCCGUAGCCCGGUUAUUCUGAAGCUCGAGGACAAGGAAGAUAAGGGCGCUGAAGUCAGCCAAUUUGUGGUGAAGUGUGCUGAAGACGAGAAGUUCCUUCUCACAUAUGUCAUCUUCAAGCUGCAGCUGGUCAAAGGCAAGGUUAUCAUCUUCGUGCACGAUGUGGACCGAUGUUACCGCGUGAAGCUUUUCCUCGAACAGUUCGGUAUCAAGAGCUGUGUACUGAACUCAGAGCUUCCCAUCAACUCCCGACUACACGUCGUCGAGGAGUUCAACAAGGGCAUCUACGACAUCAUUAUUGCUGCAGACGAUCAAGAGAUUAUGGGAACCGCCAAAUCAAGCAAGAAGGUUCCCGAAGUUAUCGAGGAGGACGAGGAAGAGGAGAAGGAGGAGGAGAAGGAAGAGAAGGAGAUCGGUUCCAGUGAAGACGAGGAGGAGGAAGAAUCCACCAACAAAAAGUCUCGACCUGAAAAACGCCGCAAGAUGACCAAUAAGGAAAAGGAUUACGGUAUCUCUCGCGGUAUCGACUUCCAGAACGUCGCCUGUGUCCUCAACUUUGACCUCCCAUCCACUGCGAAAUCUUAUACCCACCGCAUUGGACGUACCGGUCGCGCUGGUAAGGCUGGCAUGGCGCUCUCUUUCGUCGUCCCGCUGGAGCAGUAUGGCAAGCACAAGCCGACCUCAAUUAGCAGCGCCAAGAAAGAUGAGACCGUCCUCGCUAAGAUCACCAAGCGCCAAGGCAAGAUGGGCCACGAGGUCCGACCAUACCAUUUCGAAAUGCAGCAGGUCGAUGCUUUCCGCUACCGUAUGACCGACGCCUUGCGCGCCAUCACUCGGCUUGCGGUGCAGGAGGCUCGUGCUCGUGAGAUUCGCCAAGAGCUUAUCAAGAGCGAGAAGCUGAAGCGUCAUUUCGAGGAGAAUCCAGAGGAGCUGCGCCAGCUGCGUCACGAUGGUGAAUUGCGGGCCGCUCGUGUGCAGGCACAUUUGAAGCACGUGCCGGAGUAUUUGAUGCCCGCCAAGGGACGCAAGGGUAUCUCGAAAGAGGAUGUUGGAUAUGUUGGGUUCAGGAAGACAAAUGAGAACCGAAUCCGCAAGGCGAGAGAUCAUAACCGGGCGAAGGCCAAGGGCAAGAAGCCUUCCGGCGGGAGGGUCGAUCCUUUGAAGACAUUUAAUCGGGGUCGGAAAUAA